UCCUCAAAAUCUUUUUUUUUCGUAUCCAUCUUCCAGCUUGCUCAGGACGAGGGCAGCCCGGUCCGAGGCUUUGGCGUCGUGGAGUAUGAGAGUUCGGAACAGGCGGAGGCUGUGCUGAUGGAAAUGGACAGAACGCUGGUGGGAGGACAGGAGGUUCGUCUGUCACUCUGCAGCCCCGGGACCUCAGGGAGAAGCACCCUGGCUGCACUCAUCGCUGCCCAGGGUAUGAUUCUGAGUAACAGGAAAGGCCUGCUACCAGAACCCAACCUAGCCCAGCUGCUGACCAGUAUGACCAACCCCGCCGCCCUGCAGAUCCUCAUGAGACCGUACCACACUGGGAAAAGAGGAGGUAUGACUGGGACCAGCAUGCAUCAGCUUCUCAUCUGCUUUUAA